AUCUUGUAACAUUUCAUCAAUGAGUGUUCUUCCGUCGGUGGUGUGCCGGUUUCUAAUUUUUACGGAUUCUAGUUAUUAUCUACAAUAUUGAAGCAACAGUGAACACAAUGCAUACGGAAACGACAUUAACACUUAUACAAAUAUUGGAAAAGACUGUAUCACCAGAUCGAAAUGAAUUGGAAGCUGCAGAAAACUACCUUGACCAUGCAGCAGUCAGUAAUUUCACAACAUUUAUCAAAAUGUUGUCUGAUGUACUGGUUGCGGGGGGCAACAGUCAGGUGGCUAGGAUGGCUGCAGGUCUACAGCUAAAAAACCACCUCACCUCUAAAGACCCUACAUUGAAACAACAAUACCAACAAAGGUGGCUGGCACUACCUGAAGACAUCAGACUUUAUAUUAAGAAAAAUAUUCUGACUGCAAUUGGAACAGAGAACAGCAGGCCUAGUUCAGCUGCUCAGUGUGUAGCAUAUGUUGCAGUAGCAGAACUGCCUGUUGGUCAAUGGAAUGACCUCAUACCUAUGCUAGUAGAAAAUGUUGUCAAUGCCCAAUCAACAGAACUUAAAAAAGAAGCAACAUUAGAAGCAAUUGGUUAUAUCUGCCAAGAGAUUGAUGCUGAGGUGUUGACUGAACAGAGUAACCCAAUUCUGACUGCUAUUAUUCAUGGCAUGAGAUCUAUUGAAACCAGUAAUCAUGUGAGACUUGCUGCUACCCAAGCUUUACUCAACUCCCUGGAAUUCACUAAAGCUAAUUUUGACAAAGAAAAUGAAAGGAAUUUUAUAAUGGAAGUUGUUUGUGAAGCUACACAAUCCAGUGACAUGAGGAUUAGUGUUGCUGCUCUCCAGUGCUUAGUUAAAAUUCUCUCAUUAUACUAUCAAUACAUGGAACCAUACAUGGGUCAAGCAUUAUUUCCAAUUACUUUAGAAGCUAUGAAAUCUGAUGUUGAUGAAAUUUCACUUCAAGGCAUUGAGUUCUGGUCUAAUGUUAGUGAUGAAGAGAUUGAUCUAGCAAUUGAAGAAGUAGAGGCAGCUGAAGCAGGACGACCUCCAGCUCGCACGUCUAGAUUUUAUGCCCGAGGAGCACUCCAAUAUCUGGCUCCUGUUCUCAUGCAGAAACUAACAAAACAAGAUGAUACUGAAGAUGAGUUAGAAUGGAAUCCUUCUAAAGCAGCAUCUGUUUGUCUAAUGCUUUUGUCAAACUGCUGUGAAGACGAAGUAGUUCCUCAUGUAUUACCUUUCAUCAACUCAAAUAUAAAGAACGAAAAUUGGAGGUAUAGAGAGGCUGCUUUGAUGGCAUUUGGUUCUAUCCUUGGUGGACUUGAAGCAAACACUUUAAAACCAUUAGUAGAGAAGGCUAUGCCAACUUUGAUUGAAGCUAUGUAUGACUCUAGUGUUGCUGUGCGAGACACAGCUGCUUGGACUUUUGGUAGAAUUUGUGAAAUUGUUCCUGAAGCAGCUAUCAAUGAAACAUACCUUAAACCUCUCUUAGAGAGUCUUGUGAAUGGAUUAAAAGCUGAGCCUCGUGUAGCUGCAAACGUUUGCUGGGCAUUCACAGGCCUUGCAGAAGCUGCUUACGAAGCAGCCGAUUGUGGAGAUUCCAAUCAACCUAAGACCUAUUGCAUGUCAAAAUACUUUGAUUUUAUUGUUCAAAGACUUCUUGAAACAACAGAUCGCCAAGAUGCUGCACAGCAUAAUUUAAGAUCAGCUGCUUAUGAAGCAUUAAUGGAAAUGGUUAAAAACUCACCAACUGAUUGUUAUGUUACUGUGCAAAAAACUACUAUGGUGAUCUUGGAGAGGCUUCAACAAGUCUUGCAGAUGGAGAAUCAUAUUUCGAGUCAGGCUGAUCGCUCACAGUUCAAUGAUCUGCAAAGUCUAUUGUGUGCAACACUGCAAUCGGUUCUUCGUAAGGUAACACAAGAAGAUGCGCCACAAAUAUCGGAUGCGAUUAUGACUGCCUUGUUGACUAUGUUUGCUGGCAAUGCUGGCAAAGCAGGUGGAGUUCAAGAAGAUGCCCUUAUGGCUGUCUCAACUCUGGUGGAAGUUUUAGGAGAAGGUUUCUUAAAAUAUAUGGAUGCUUUCAAGCGUUAUCUCUAUGUUGGACUUAAAAAUCAUCAGGAAUAUCAAGUAUGCAUAGCGGCUGUCGGCCUAACUGGCGAUAUUUGUCGUGCUUUGAAGAGUAAGGUAUUACCAUACUGCGACGAAAUUAUAGUGCUGUUAUUAGAAAACCUUGGUGACCCAUCUAUCCAUCGCUCUGUAAAACCACAGAUUUUAUCUGUAUUUGGUGACAUCGCGCUUAGCAUUGGUCCCGAUUUCGCUAAAUACUUUGACGUCGUCAUGCAGAUGUUGCUGCAGGCUAGCAAUGCUCAAGUAGAUCGUAACGAUUACGACAUGGUCGAGUAUUUGGGCGAGCUCCGUGAAAGUGUGCUGGAGGCCUACACUGGAAUUAUCCAAGGCUUGAAAGGAUCUACAGGCGAGGUCCGGUCAGACGUGGCGCUGGUGGAGCCGCACGUGCCGGCCAUCGUGACGUUCAUGAUGCAAGUGGCGUGCGAGCCGGAGCGCACGGACGGGCACAUGUCGGUGAUCGCGGGGCUGACGGGCGACCUGUGCACGGUGUUCGGGCAGCGCGUGCUGCCGCUGCUGGAGACGCGGCCGCUGCUGGACCUGCUGCAGGCGGCGCGCCGCUCCCGCACGCCGCGCACCAAGGCGCUCGCCAACUGGGCCACCAAGGAGAUCCGCAAGCUCAAGCAUCAGACGCCUCUCACUAGCUGAUUUGAAACAAUUCGCUGCCACAAUAACGCAACGCAGUUUCAGAUAACUUACUGCUGGUAAACUCAAAUGUGUUGGCAGGCAUAUUAUGUCCGUAUUAAUAAAUCGUUAGGUGCAUUUGUUUAGUGGGCCUGUAUUGUUUUGAACUUUCUCUUACAAUUAAUACAGUAGUUAUUUUGUUUUCAUGGGCUACUCUGGCCAUUUUAAUUAAUAAAUUAAAUAAAUAUAUUGUAUGUAUGUAUCUCAACAAUGUUAUAUGAAUAUUUGUCUACUUUAGUUAGUUAUAUAUGUUACCAUUACUGUAGCAUAGUCACAUUUUAAACUAUUGCUGUUUUUAUUUACUGAGCAUUUUACCAUGACAAGUGUCAAUAAAGUUCAAUAAAAUGUCGUAAAAAGUCAGAAGUGGAUGAAUCUUUCAAGUCAGUGAAAUGUUGAGUGCUAUAUUAACUGGACUUUUUGGUUGUGGCUUUUCUUUACAUCACCAAGUGAUUAUUGGCCCCAAACAAUGCACUUAGCGUAGCAUUAUUGAAACUGUUUAAGGUAUGCCUGACCAUUAUCUUUCCAUAAUUAUCUUAAAGUUAAAGCAUUUUUCCUAUUUGGUAUUAUAAAUACAGACAGUGGCUGUGGUAUCUUUACUUAUGUGAGAUAAAGUGAUAAUUUGAAAGGGAUGUAUGAUAGUUGAAGUAUGUUAUUUUAGGCAUGCACAUGUGCAAGGGAUUAUGAAUUUUAUAAAUUAUUAUUGUUUUGUAAGAUGUAUGGAAGAUUUUAUAUGAAUGGGUAAGAAUGCAUGUAGACGCGUGCAUGAUUAUCUCAGAUAUUUUAUAAACGUAGGCAUUGUCGAUCAUAAUGAAAAUUCGGUAUAUUAAUGUAUGUUUAAGAUUCCGUCGAAGUUACUCGAGACUGAAGGACGCCAUAUUGGCGAUGACAUUUUUAUUCAUCGCAAUUCAAGUAAAUAUUAAGUAGUGUGAAUUAACCAAAAACAAAAAGAAUUUCACAAAAUAUAUGGAUCGAUAGCAAGACAAACAAGCGGUCUACAUCCUUCUAUUGGUAUUUUCCGAUGUUGGCUAGACAUGGACACCGAACAGAAUUAAGCAGCUAAAAUUCGCCGACGCAAAUUACUGUGUAGACUAAUAACAAGGUACUAUGUUUUAUUAGAAAAUAUUUUUCAGAUCAGCUUAAGGGCACACCUUUCUACACAUAUAUAAAUCCAGUAGAACUAUUUUAAAUGUUGUAAAAGUCGUUCAUAAUUUAAUUUAAAAAAGGCACUAUAUCUUUGUCGGUUGGAAAACACCUUCACUGAAUCGAAAAAUAAUAAUAAUAAGUCUUCCUUUGUGAUGAAUGAAAAGUGUCUUUGCCUUCUGAUCUCAAUAUCACAUUGUACAUAUGUAAUUAAAACUUUUUUUCCUUAAGGUGUAUUCUGAAAAGGCAAUGGUAUGCCCUGAAAGUAUAUUGAAAAGACGUAAGACGGAUGCGGACCAUUUGAUUAAACACAAAGGCGGUUUGAAAAUGGUCAUCAAAUUAAUUUACUGCAAAACAACCUGAUACUUUAUCAAAAUUUUAAAUGGGUACAUUCAACAAACAUACCUAUUCUUAUCUUGUAAUAUUUUAAACUUGUUUUUAUCGUUUUGACUUUAUUUUUUCUGUUAUUUUUCUCUUGACGCUUAUUGUUAUUUCUGAAGUGCAGUUUGAAUAUAAUUUUAUAUUAAAAAAACUGACGGAUACCGAGCAUGACAUUGAAACUACUUAAUUCUGGUUAUAAUAUUUAGCGACUACUGGGUUGUAACCCGUUAUCGCUACCUUAUCGAAUUAAAAAAUCAUGCAAAACCUGCCGUCAUGUCCACUAGCUCGAAGCAUUUCAUUUAUAAACAUUUUUGAAGUUAAGAAGGUAAAUAUAUUUACGCGGGUCGUUUUCUUCUCUCCUGUUUAUUUUUUCUUUUUUUUUUUGGCGAUCAAACUUGCUUUUAAGUUGAUAAUUUAAUCAGUGCCUUUGACUUGUACGAUAACUAAAUGUAAACUCUUUGUUAUCAAUGUCCAGUUUCACUACUCAUGACUAAUAUUUUAAUCGAUUCGUUCCGUUAACUCGGACAGAAUUCUUUUUGUACUCUUCAGAUUUAAGACUUAGGUGUGUUAUAAUAUUGAAAUACCCUUGAUGUUAUUUAAUUUGAAUUGACGUGUCGAGUGUCUGCUAGUCUGUGAGCAUCACUGAUAGGAAUGAUGUUUGCGCGAAUUAUGCAAGAAUUUAUAACGUUGAGUGUGUCAUUACUACCACUUAUUUUACGUUUUACAGAAUACCGUAUAUAUAUGAGGAUAAUUUGGAUAAAAAAUAUAUUCCAAAUGUCAUACAAGUUACGUAUGUACUUAUAUUUAAGUAUGAUAGGAGAAAUAUGUGAGGACUAGUGCCAUGCCAUGAAAGGUUCUGAAUUAGAAUCAUAGGCAUCGAGUCAAUGAAUACCACCCACUUUUCCUGCGCGAAUCUAAAAUCAAUUAGUUAUUUUGUUACGGCGUAUAUUUUCAUUCGUUUAGACUAUGACUAUCUGCUACCCUGUAAACUGUUCUAUGGUGAUUAAACAAUUAGAAGUUAAA